AACAUAGAUCGGCAGUAACUCCGCAUUGAUCUGGCCCUGAUCAAAAAAUACUCCGCGCCUCUGAAACUUGGGGAAACGGGUAUGUCCCAUGGGGUACUAGACAUCUUCAAAAUCUUCCCCACUGAUACCGGCUAAGAACUCGGCCACCCGAAUAUCGAGUAUCAUGCCUUAUUCGGCUCUUGAUUGGUUGCUAUUGACAAGGAAUUACACGAACUCCACGGGAUAAUAUCCUUUAUGAUUUAAUCUCACCACCUACCAUCCUAUGGGGACUACCGUCGUGACGCAACUGCCGACACUCCCUCUUGGUCUGGAUGCGGGGAAUAUUGGUUCUAAUAUGGUUAGGGUCAAGGCAGAAAAAGGAUAGCCUCACGCCCGCGACUACGGAACACCUAGCCAAGUGAUACAAGAAACAUAUGCCGCCCGUCUUGGAUGCUUGUUCGCCACGUGAACGCGUCAACUUCUUUAGUUUUGGAGUAGUGUCGUCUCAGCUAUUCGGUGGAAUCCCGAGGUUAACAUCAUACGCGGGAGUUACGAUAAGAACAUACAUCCGCAGGUUCCGAGAUUUAAGAACAGUAGGAAUACUAGACCCAGAUUGAGUAGGACAGAAGAAUUAACGAAAGAACGAACGGAAAAGAUGGCCGACUCCCAGAAACUGGUCCCAACGGGCAUCAAAGUAAUUGUGGUGGGCACGGGCUUCGCGGGGUUGACAGCGGCUAUCGAGUGUCAUCGCAAGGGACACGAUGUAUUAGUUUUGGAGAAAUUCCCGGAGCUUAAGUUGUUAGGCGAUAUAAUCUCAUUCGGACCUAAUUCGUCGCGAUUAUUCUGUCGCUGGCCGGGUGUUGCCGAGAAGUUGGAACCCCUUAGCAUGCGAGCUGAUGCAAUUACCCUUAAGUCAUGGAAAGGCGAAACGCUAUUCACGCAAUACUGGGAAGGCGAGGAUAAGGAAUUCGGUACUCGGUUUGAUGGUCAUCGUGGGGAGUUCCAUGAGAUUGUUUAUAACCAUGCUAAGGAAAUCGGAGUUAAGAUCCGCCUCGGCGCUCGUGUUGAGGAUUACUUCGAGGACGAUAAGGAAGCGGGUGUAGUUCUCGACAGCGGCGAGCGCAUCACUGCCGACGUUGUUGUCGCGGCUGAAGGCGUGCGCAGUAAAGGUCGCAAGAUCGUGCUUGGAUUCGAGGAUCAACCGAAGCCUUCCGGUUACGCCGUGUACCGUAGUUGGUUCAGCGCAGACGAAAUUGCCAAAGAUCCCGAUACUAAAUUCUUUACUGAAGGCGGUGAUCAACAUGUCGCCUGGCUCGGUCCAGAUGUGCAUUUCAUCGCGGCGUGCAUGAAGAAGGGGAAGGACUUUUCGUGGGUAUGCACGCAUAAGGAUGAGGCAGAUAUCGAAGAAAGCUGGCAGCUUGAGGCACCGCUAGAAGACGCGCGUAAGGUUCUCGAGGGUUGGGAUCCGAUAGUGCAGAAGAUUCUGGAUAAAACGCCGUCGCCGUUAAUUGAUUGGAAACUCGUGUACCGCGACCCGUUGCCGGCGUGGAUCUCGAAGGGUAGGCGAAUUGUGUUAAUUGGCGACUCGGCGCAUCCGUUCCUACCAACGUCAAUUCAGGGUGCGUCGCAGGCUAUGGAAGACGGUGUAACGAUCGCAGUGUGUCUGCGCGAAAGCGGGGGUACUGAUAAAGUCCAAGAAGCCGUUGCUGCAUUCGAAGCAAUCCGAUACGAACGUGUCAAGUCCGCCCAAAAGACGGGCGAGCAGACACGCGACAUCUGGCAUAAAGCGGAUUUCGAAGCCGCGAAGAAGAACCCAGAGAGCAUGAGGUUACGGCGCGAAGCAUGGCUUCUUGGGUUUGAUGCUGAGAAAUACGCCGCGGAUAACUAUGCGCGAACUGUCGAAGUACUGAGGCGCACGGGUUUGCAAGAUACGACUGAAGCGAGGAAAUUACAUGUCCCGGAAGCUCGGUUCGGGUACUUGGAAUAUGAAAAUGAUGGAACUGAUACUAUUUCUACUGCUGCUCACGCGGCUACCGGGACUGUUAUAUCUUAGCAUGAGCGUAUAAAGAUAUGAGAUAGGUAUGAACAAAUGGAAAUAUUAUUGAAUUGAAGUGGCUAGUCGAUCGAUCGAUGGUGUUGUACUGCACUGAUGAUGAUGCUGUACGACUCUAGAUAAAUCAUUUCCCUCUUCUUUCCAUUUGCUUCUCCAAUUUGGAAUUGAUGAGAUAUUAAACCGGAACGCCCCUUAUGUCAUGAUGUAACCACCAGGUUUUUCUUUUUCCUGGUCAACCGAAAACGCCCCUGUUCAGAUUA